AUGGCCGUGACGAAGGAGAAGAAGUCGUUUAAGAAGUUCGCCAAGAAGCACCUGGCCGGCGUCAUCGAGACGCGCCGCAAGACCUCUAAGUCCAAGAAGGAGAAGUUGGAGCGGCUGGAGAAGAGAAAGGCGCGUGAGGCGAGAAAUGCGGCGCGGGAGGAGAAGGAGCACGUGGAUCAGCUGGAGCGGCUGAAGGACACGGACCCCGAGUUCUACUCCUACCUGGAGGAGGAGGACCCCACCUUACUGGAGUUCGGCAAGGCUGAUAUGGACAUUGUGGACGAGCAAGAGGGCAGCGAUGCGGAGACGGAGGCGGACGAGGAGGAGAGCCGCGACGGCGACAGCGGCGGCGAGGGGGGUGCGGAGGACGAAGAGGGGAAAGGGGCCGAGGAGGAUGCCGGUCACCGUGGCCGUGUCACGCAGGAGGAACUCGCGAAGAUCACCAGCGGCGGCAGCGCGACCGCCGAGGCUGGCAUUGACAUCUUCGUGUCCGCCGUCCGCGAGUUGGGCUACCAGGUGAAAGAACAUCCCCGUCCCCAGUCCACACGCAAGUUUGAGGAGCCGUCGCUCGUCAAGCAGUCGCUGGUGACGAUUGCCCAGCACGUCGGCAGCCAGCUCAGCGCGCUCAUCACCGGCAAAGGCGCCUUCAAGUCACACAAGACCCGCAUGAUUGUGAAGCGGCUGCUCAUGGCGCUGUCAUCCGUGAUUGGGGAGGGCAGCAUCGACCCGGUGCUGUCAGCCAGCCUGCUGCAGGCCAUAGUGCCGUUCGUGCCGUUGCUGCACUACGUGCGCGGCGUCACGAAGGCCGUGCUCAAGGCCGCACUCAACCUGUGUGCGGCACCGGAGGAGUCCGUGCGUGUGGCGGCGUACAUGGUUGUGCGCUCCGUCGCCACCCGCGCCACUGGCACCCGCUCCAUGUAUCAGUCCACUGCCUUCAAGGGCAUCUUCCUCACCCUCAUCCGCACGGCGCAUCAGUACAACGUCCACAACCAAUCCACCGUCGCCUUUCUUAUGAACUGCGUCGUAGACCUCUACGGCACCGACAUGGAGGCGGCCUACCAACACACCUUUGUGUACCUGCGCCAACUCGCCAUCUACCUCCGCGCGGCGCUGCAGCAGCAGACGCAGAGCAACGUGCGGGCGGUGGUGAACUGGCAGUACCUCAACGCCCUGCGCACGUGGGGGGCCGUCGUGUCGACCUACGCCGAGCCGAACCAGCUGGGUCCCCUCAUCCACCCUGUAGUUCAAAUUGCGACGUGUCUGAUGGACUUGUUUGCGUCGCCGCGCAUGUUCCCGAUGCAUCUGCAGGUGAUUGAGAUUCUAAAUCACAUCGCCAGCCGCGCUGACGGCCUUUACAUCCCCGUGGCGCCGUACCUGCUGCGCAUCUUGACCUCCCCCAGCGUUGCGCUCUCGCACGCGCCCAACGGCGGGCCGUCGAGCACCGACCGCGUCGACCUCCUCUUUACCAUUCGCGUGAAGAAAUCGCAGGCGCGCAGCAGCGUUUACCACCGCGACAUCUGGGAUGAGUCUCUCUACCUGCUGACAGAGCAUUUGGCCACGCACAGCAACACCGUCGGCUUCCCGGAAUCGUUCUGGGCGGUGGAGAGCACGCUGCGCAAGCUCAAGACGCAGGUGCGCGUACCGAAGGUGCACUCCAGCAUCAGUAACCUCCUCCGUCACAUUCAGACUACCUCGCAGAAGAUAAAGGCGAAGCGAGAUCAGGCGAACUUUGGGCCUUGCGACUUAGCAGCGGUGAAGCAGUUUGAGGACGACAUGAAGCAGCAGGGCAGCACCCUCGCCUCGUACUACCGCACCCUGCGACAGCAGCGCAUCGAUGACCUCGCCGCGAAGCACAAGGACGCGUCGGGUGAGCGCGUGACGCUAGAGUCGGUGGUGGAGAAGCGCAAGGGCGGGGACGCGCGGGCAGCAGGUAAGCGAGGGCGUCAACCACGCCGUGUGGAGUGA